CAGAAAAUCCUGAAUAGCAGACCGGAAUUGAUCAGAGAAAGAGAUGAAAUGGGUUGGACUCCUCUUCAUUAUGUUGCUUCCAAGGGCAAAUUCAAAGCGGUUCAACAACUCCUACAGCACGAUAUUUCUGUGGCAUAUGACUUAGACAAAGAGGGACAAUCGGCUCUUCACAUUGCAGCAUUUUUAGGCUACUCUCUUGUCAUUGAUGAGAUUGUUAAAUUUUGUCCUAGUGCUUGGGACAUCAUAAACAUCAAAGGGCAAACAGCUCUUCACGUAGCUGUAAUGGGUGGAGAAGCAGAUGUAGUCAAGGACAUACUCCGGAAACCGAACUUGGAGUGUCUUAUCAUGGAACAAGAUAUUGACAGAAACACGGCUUUGCAUUUGGCUGCACUUCAUAAAGACUACACCAUCAUAGAUAUACUUGCACGAGACAAGAGGGUAGACCGUUUCAUCACAAACAAGGAUCAUAUGACUGCCUUUGACAUUUUUUUGGCUCAUAAUGAGGUCGGCUACAGUGCUGCCAAAGUUAAAUAUCUAUUAAAAGAAUCUCGCGGAAUGUCGGACUUCCAAGGUGGGGUUAUUAGAAAAAUAAAGAAGAUGUCGGACAAGCAAUUUGUUGAGGGUCAACCAGGUGCAUCUAUAAUCAUCGGAAGUAAUAUCGCCAACCGCGAAAAUUCCGAUUCAUCAAUAAGAAACUUGAUCAACCUUCAACAAUUAAUAGCAACGCUCAUAGCCACGGUGACCUUUGCUGCAACCUUCACCAUGCCCGGAGGAUAUAACAACGAUGGACCCAACCGAGGGAUGGCGAUUCUUGCUGACAGGGCAGCUUUCAAAGCCUUUGUGGUAUUAAACAUUAUAGCGUUCAGUUUCUCAGUCGUAGCAUUAUUCAUACAAUUUGAUCCUUUUUUACCGGGCCCUAGCCACGGGGUGAGAUACACCGACCUCGUGGGACUUUGCAUUUUCACUGCGAUAUGGGCAAUGGUGCUAGCCUUUGCUUGUGGUACGUAUGUGGUAUUGACCGGAACCAUCGGGCUUGGAAUCUUUCCUUUUAUCAUUGGCGGAUGUAUCGUGAUUAUUUACAUUAUCGGUUCUUCACUUGACCGUAUAAUUUUUUUUUAUCAGCCACCUCGCUUUUCGGGAAGAUAUGUCCGAAACUUAUUGUUUAAUUAUAAAAUACUCCAGGGAAGCUGGUAAUAAAUUGAGUCGGUUCUACAGUCCCAUGUCUUUGUGCCCAGGAAAUUUUCUUCUGGCCAUGUCAGUUCGAGCACUUUUAUGUCAGCCGUCUGAUUUAAACCCUAUCAAAGAUGUCUGGAGAGCAGCAAAGGCCAACAAGUUGAGGCUUUUCGUGUAUGUGAAGGAUAUACAACUCGACGGCUUCUCAGUUGACCAAAUGAAAGCCAAGAGGGUUAGCAGCUGCUGAGCGAUUGCGGUUGAACUGCCAAAUUGGUAUUGUCUAAUGUUUGUUGAUAGAUGUUUGGUUGCAAGGGUAUCGGA